AUGAGGUCUAUCCUAAUCUUAUGGCUUUUCUUGAUACCCUUCUGCUUCAUAAACCUGAGCAUCAAUGUCUUUGUUGUGUACUCUAGCCAUUGUCUUAGCCAUCAAAAAUCUGCUUUGCUUCGUCUGAGAAGCAACCUCAUAUUCAACCCUUCCCGGUCGAAAAAAUUGGUUCACUGGAACCAAAGUCAUGACUGUUGUCAAUGGAAUGGAGUGACAUGUGAUAAGGGACAAGUUAUAGCUCUUGAUCUACGUGAAGAAUCCAUCUCUGGUGAACUUGACAGUUCAAGCAGCCUCUUCAACCUGCAAUUUCUGCAAAAUCUGAACUUGGCUUAUAAUGAGUUUCAUUCUGUAUUUCCUUCAGAGUUUCAAAAGUUGAAAAACUUGAGGUAUCUGAAUUUGUCAAAUGCUGGCUUUAAGGGUCAGAUUCCAAUUGAGAUUUCUUAUCUAACAAAGCUCAUUUCUCUUGAUUUGUCUACCUCACUUCAAACUCUGAAACUUGAGGAGCCAAAUGUCACAAUGCUGUUAAAGAAUUUCACAGAAAUCAAAGCGCUAUAUCUUGAUGGCAUAAAGAUCUUUGCUACAGGGAAGGAGUGGAGCCAAGCAGUAUCUGCAUUGCAAAAUCUUCAAAUUUUGAGUAUGUCUUCUUGUAAUCUCUUUGGCCCUAUUGAUUCUUCACUUGCAAAGCUUCAGUCUCUCUCAGUACUUCAGCUGAGCAACAACAAUAUGGCAAGCUCUGUGCCCAAGGCCUUUGUGGGCUUGACCAACUUAACUACCUUGCAACUUAGAAAUUGCAACUUGAGUGGAGAUUUUCCAAAGCAGAUCUUCCAAAUGCCAAACUUGCAGGUCCUUGAUGUGUCAGAUAAUCGGGAUCUUCAGGGUUCAUUACCAAACUUCCAACAUCACGAAUUUCUCCAAAGCUUGAACCUUAGCCACACAAAGUUCUCCGGGCAGCUACCAGGUUCUAUUCAAAAUUUGAGGAAGCUGUCUGCAUUAGCCAUAUCAAACACCAAAUUCAAUGGAACACUUCCUUGUUCAAUCUCCAAAUUGACCUCACUUGCUUAUCUAGACUUGUCAUUCAACAAUUUCACUGGCUCCCUUCCAUCUUUCAAUAUGUCCAAGAGCCUCACAUAUCUAUCCCUCUAUCACAAUGACUUGAGGGGUGAAGUUUCAUCUGUUCAUUUCACGGGCCUUGAAAAUUUGGUCACCAUUGAUUUAGGCGGUAAUUUACUCAAUGGAAGAGUUCCAUCAUCUCUUUUCACACUUCCAUCUUUGCAUGAACUGAUUCUCUCUAACAACAGAUUUGAGGGUCUUUUGGAUGAAUUUCCAAAUGCUUCUUCAUCCCCAUUAGAGAUCCUUGAUAUCAGUGGGAAUAAUUUGCAAGGGCCUGUUCCUGUGUCAAUCUUUCAUCUCAAAAGACUCACUUUGCUCCAACUUUCUUCAAACAAGUUCAAUGGAACUAUACAUUUGGAUAUGAUGAGAAGCAUGGAAAAUUUGGCUACGCUAGAUCUUGCUCACAACAAUUUGUUGGUUGAUACAACUUUGGUGAACAACCACAAUCUGUCAUCGUUCCCCAAAUUGAACAAUUUCAUGUUGGCUUCUUGCAAGUUGAAAGAGUUUCCAAGUUUUCUCAGAAAUCAAUCCAAUUUACUAUACCUUGACUUAUCCAGCAACCAAAUUCAAGAAACAAUCCCCAAUUGGAUUUGGAGGUUUGAUUUCAUGGUUUUUCUUAAUCUUUCCAAUAAUUUUCUUACAGAUUUUGAAGGACCUUUUCAGAAUAUCAGUUCUAAUGUGUUUCUUCUUGAUCUUCAUUCCAACCAACUCAAAGGCCACCCUCCCAUUUUUCCAAAAAAUGUGAUCUAUUUGGAUUACUCAAGCAAUAGAUUUAGCUCUAUUGCCCCACCAGACAUUGGCAAUCGUCUCCCUUUCACAUAUUUUCUCUCUCUAUCAAACAAUAGUUUUCAUGGAAAAAUCCAUGAAUCCCUUUGUAAUAUGUCGGCUCUUCGUGUGCUUGAUCUUUCUGAAAACAACUUCAGUGACACCAUUCCUGUUUGUUUGACAAAAAUGAGUAACACUCUUAGGGUGUUAAAUUUAGCUGGAAACAACCUCAAAGGCCAAAUUUCUAAUACAUUUUCAACUUUUUGUGCCCUUAGAUUCCUUGAUCUCAAUGAAAACCUCUUAGGUGGUACAAUCCCAAACUCUUUGGCUAAUUGCCAAAAACUACAAGUCUUAAACCUUGGAAACAAUCAAUUGACUGAUAGAUAUCCAUGUUUCUUAGGGAACUUAUCCACCUUGAGAGUCAUGAUUCUAAGGUCUAACAAAUUUUUUGGGACUCUUGAUUGUCCUAAUAGCAUUGGAAAGUGGGAGACACUUCAAAUUGUUGACCUAGCCUCAAAUAAUUUUAGUGGUUCUCUACCUAUAGCACUCCUGCAAAGUUGGAAAGCACUGACGAUACCUGAUGAAGAUGAAAGUGGUUCAGAAUUUGGCCAAUUGUCUUUUGACAUUUACGACAAUGUUAAUCAUGUGGACUUCAAGAAUGCACUAUCAACUGUGAACAAAGAUCUUGCACCAAAACUAGCUAGACUUAUAGCAGUGGAGCCACCUUUUGUGAUCAGCCACUUGUUCUCUGAUAUUGAUGCCACUGAUUUUGGCCGUCGAAGUUACCUUGAUUCAGUGACAAUUGUCAUCAAAGGAAGACAAUUGAAGUUGAUUAAGAUUCUUACCGCCUUCACUUCUUUGGAUUUCUCAUCCAACCAUUUUGAAGGGCCAAUACCAAAAGAGCUUAUGAAUUUCAAAGCACUUCAUGCUCUUAACUUGUCACAAAAUUCUUUUUCAGGUCAUAUCCCUUCAUCUAUUGGGAAUUUGAAGUAUCUUGAAUCAUUGGACUUGUCAAUGAACUCCUUUAGGGGGAACAUACCAACAGAGCUUGCAAGUCUAUGUUUCCUUGAAUUUUUGAAUGUCUCUUACAAUCAUUUGAUUGGCCAAAUCCCAACAGGUACUCAAAUUCAGUCAUUUGAAGCAGAUUCCUUCAAAGGCAAUAAAGCCUUAUGUGGACCUCCAUUGACACAGAAUUGCAGCUUGGGUGAGGUUCCAAGUUCUUCAACAUCAUCAUCUAAAGAAUCUGAUUCAAAUCAUGGGAUUUCCAUUGAUUGGAAUUUUUUGAGUGCUGAAUUGGGAUUUACUUUUGGCCUUGGCAUCAUUAUCCUUCCCCUUAUUUUUUGUCAACAAUGGAGGUUGCAAUACUCCAAACAUGCAGAUCACAUACUUUGGAAGACCAUCCCUCAGCUUGAUUUUGUAUAUGAACGCCGUGGAGGGAAAACUUACAGAAGUUUAAGGUGGAAACCUUUUUAA